AUGGCUCCAUCUUUAGCUAAUGCUAGAAAGGUUGAUAACGCGAGCAAGCCUCAAGUGAUAGAGAAAUUGUUUCAUGAGAACAUUGAGCAUCAUGCAAAACCAAAGAUAACCAAAUUCCAUUUCUUUGUCCAUGAUAAUGUUACAGCCGAUCAUCCGACUUCUCUUCUUAUUGCCCCAUCUAACACCAACAAUAGAGCAUCGAUUGCUUUUGGAUCAACCUAUGCUAUGGAUGUUCCGAUAACUAUGGAUGCUCCGAUUCAGAUCCUAAUUCCAAACUUAUUGGUCGAGCUCAGGGCAUGUUUACCUGGGUAG